AUGAGAUACGGGCGAACAAGUGUUGUCCGAUGGCUUCUUAAGGAGGCGAAUAUGCCGGCACUCGACAGCACCAAAAUGGGUGCACUCGCUCUUCAUUACGCGGCCGCCAAGGGAUGCCUCGAUUGUGUCAAAUUAUUACUCGAGUCGUGUCCAGAAUUAAGUGCCAACGCACAGAUGGAUAACAAUGUGACGCCUGUAUAUCUGGCCGCUCAAGAAAGUCACACAGAAGUCCUCAAAUAUCUGGUGCUAUCAGCCGGAGGUUCGCUCCAUAUUAGAGCCAAAGAUGGUAUGUCUCCCAUACACGCGGCCGCACAGAUGGGCGCUAUUAAGUGCCUGAAAUGGAUGGUCGAAGAGCAGGGAAUAGAUCCGAACCUGAGGGACAACGACGGCGCCACUGCUGUCCACUUCGCCGCCAGCAGAGGACACACAGAAACGCUUCGAUGGCUAUUGAAACAUGGAGGAAGAAUUACUUUAGAUAAAUAUGGUAAAAGUGCAUUGAAUGAUGCGGCAGAAAAUGAACACUUGGAGGUAAGUCUC